UGAACAACACGUGUUAGUUGGUGGCUCGGAGUCUCCAAGCCGCUUUAUUUUCUGAAUUAUGAUAUAGAUACCACAAAAUGCCACCAUUUAAAGCUGGUUUACUGAAAAGAAAAAUAGACGCAAAGAAUGCCAAGAAAACUGGUGCCAAAGAUUCAUCAGAAGAUGAGGGAAGUGAUUCUGGGGCAAGCGAGGAUCUGAUCCGCGGUGAUUUGAAUGGGACAGAAGACGCUACAGACUCGGAAGAGGAAGGAGAAGGCGUUAACUCUGAUGCGGAACAAGAUGAGGUACUGUUUGAUGAGGAUGCCGAUUCUACGUUCGGAGACGAAGAGCAGCCAGCAGAUGCUUCAGAUGCAUCAUCAGACCUAACAGAUUCAGAAGCUGAUGAUGAAUCAGAAGAUGGUGAUAAUGAUGAAGAUGAUGAAGCAUCACAACAGAGUGAAGAAGACAGUGGUGCAGAGUCUGGUAUCGGACAAACACACUCCGGUUCCAGUGAUGAGUCGGACAAAGAGAUAAACCAGAAAGUGAAAAAGAAAACUAAACAAAAAGAGUCAAAAGAAAAGCAGGUGAAAGAGAAAGAAAAGCAGGUGAAAGGGAAGGAAGUAAAAGGAAAUAUUAAGGACAGUGUGGAUGUGUUAGCUGAUAAAAUUAAGGAAACUAGUGUUAAGAUGCAGCCAGUAGCUCAAAAAGAUGAAUACGAGUCAGGAGACACGUCAGACGAAGAAGAACGCCGCAACACUGUCGGCGACAUCCCGAUGUGGUGGUACAAUGAGUACCAGCAUGUUGGCUAUGACUUGGACGGACGGAAGAUCAUCAAGCCGCCGCAGAGAGAUCAGAUUGAUGAGUUCCUUAAAAAAUGCGAAGACCCAGAUUUCUGGCGAACGGUCCGGGACCCCAGCACCGGGCAGGACGUGAUCCUCAGCAAGCAGGACCUGGAGCUGAUCUCCCGCAUCCGCCAGGGUCAAGUGCCUAAUGCUGACCAUGAUGAGUAUGAGCCGUGGGUGGAAUGGUUCUCCCGCGAAGUCCUAGCUACGCCAAUCCGCGCGUUCCCUGAACACAAGCGGUCGUUCCUGCCGUCUCGCGAGGAACAGAAACACAUCUCCAAGAUAGUUCACGCGUUGAAAAUGGGCUGGACCAAGACGAGGCGGGAAAUAGCCAUGGAAAGGAGAAAGAAACGGGUAAGGCAAUUUUACAACCUGUGGGGUUCAACUACAGAAGAUGAGAAUAUCCGAGGCAUCCACAAACACAUCCCCGCGCCUAAACGGGCCCUGCCGUCCCACGCAGAAAGCUACAACCCGCCACCAGAGUACUUGCUCGAUUCUAAAGAGAUGAAAGAAUGGAACAAGCUAUCAGAAACUCCUUGGAAGCGCAAAUACACCUUUUUACCGACGAAACACGACAACCUGCGGUCUGUCGCCGCCUACCCUCGCUUCAUACGCGAACGGUUCCUUCGGUGCUUGGAUCUGUAUCUCGCUCCUCGAGCCAUACAUAUGAGGCUGACCAUCAGCCCUGAAGACCUGGUGCCCAAGCUGCCAUCUCCCCGGGAGCUGCAGCCGUUUCCCACACACGAGGCCCUGAUGUUCAAGGGCCACAGCGGUCUGGUCCGGAGUGCUGAUUUCGACCCUACAGGGCAGUACGCUGUCUCCGGAAGCGAUGAUGGCACUGUUAAGAUCUGGGAGACGAGCACCGGGCGCUGCCUGCGCACCGUGCCGCUCCCCGGGCCGGCGGCGCGCGUGGCCUGGACGCCGGCGCUCGGACUCAGUCUCAUAGCGGCUGCCGUCGGGAACAGACUACUGCUGCUUAACCCGGGGCAGGAUAUAGGGGCGCAUAAGGUGGCCGCUAGGACUGACGAGUUACUUGAGGAACCACCGCCGCAACAUGAUGUUGUCAUGGACGAGCGCACGACCACAGCGGUGCAGUGGGACAAGGUGAAACCCGAAGAGUGGGCGAUUGGGGUCCGUGUGGCUGUCACGCAUUUCAAGCCCGUCAUACACCUCGCCUGGCACGGGAAAGGCGACUACAUCGCAGUGACGCUACAAGAUGGCGCUAGUCGCGCGGUGGUCGUGCACCAGCUGUCGCGGCGGAGGAGCCAGCUGCCGUUCUCCAAGGCGAAGGGGCUGGUGCAGUGUGCGCUGUUCCACCCGGUCACGCCGAGGCUGUUUGUGGCUACUCAGCGUGUGGUUAGAAUUUAUGACCUGGUGAAACAGGAGUUGAUAAAGAAACUUCUGACUGGAGCACAGUGGGUUAGCUCAAUGGCCGUGCAUCCAGCUGGCGACAAUUUGCUCGUCGCGUCCUAUGAUCGGAAAUGCAUGUGGUUCGACUUGGAGCUGUCAUCUAAACCGUACCAAACCCUCCGCCUGCACGGCGGCGCUGUCCGCUCCGUGGCGUUCCACCGCCGCUACCCGCUGUUCGCGACCGCCGGCGACGACCACAACAUCGUCGUGUCGCACGGGAUGGUUUACAAUGACCUUCUACAAAACCCUCUCCUUGUGCCGCUGAAGCAGCUCCGUGGCCCCGAGAAGCGCGAGGACCUGUGUGUGCUGGACAUCCGCUUCCACCCGACGCAGCCCUGGCUACUCGCUGCGGGUGCUGACUCCACUCUACGACUAUAUACUUGAAUAAAUGUUUAUUUUAA